AGAAGAAGGACGAUGCCUGAGCCAGCGAAGUCCGCUCCGAAAAAGGGAUCCAAGAAGGCCGUGACCAAGACGGCUGGCAAAGGAGGCAAGAAACGCAGAAAGUCCAGGAAGGAGAGCUAUGCUAUCUACGUGUACAAGGUGUUGAAGCAGGUCCACCCAGAUACCGGCAUUUCCUCCAAGGCGAUGGGUAUCAUGAACUCGUUCGUCAACGAUAUCUUCGAGCGCAUCGCAGGUGAGUCAUCCCGUUUGGCUCAUUACAACAAACGCUCCACCAUUACCUCUAGAGAGAUCCAGACCGCCGUGCGUCUGCUUCUUCCCGGUGAGCUGGCCAAGCACGCCGUGUCUGAGGGCACUAAGGCCGUCACCAAGUACACCAGCUCUAAGUAAAAAGUGACAAAGAUUUUCUCAAACCCAACGGCUCUUUUAAGAGCCACCCACGUUUUCGCAUAAAGAGCCAUUUUAUCGUUUUGUGUUUGUGAAGGAAAGCACAAUAUUCAUUUAGAGGAGGGGAGAAAACGUUACACAAGUUUCUGCUGUGUCCAGUCGAUUUUCCCGCGCAAUUUCUUAGUCUGCUUGUAGUUACUCUACUGUGUGAGUAAUGGUGCAUUACGAAUAUAAUGUGUAAACUCAUGUAAAUAUGGAUCUGUGUACAUACAUGAA